AUGCAGCGAUCUCUGCAGUGGCCCCCCGUGCUGCUGCUGUUUCUGCUGAGGAGAGGGGAUGGAGAGCUGUGUCCAGCCUCACUCUGCGAGUGCUCCGACUGGAACAAGUUCAAAAUCACCUGCAAGGACAUCCACUUCAUCCCCAGGAUCCCCCAAGACACCCAGACAUUGGGAUUUAUGGAGACUCACUUGAAAACAAUUCACAGAGAAGCAUUUUCAAAUCUACCCAACAUUUCCAGAAUCUACGUGUCCAUAGAUGCCACUCUUGAGCGACUGGAAACCCAUUCAUUCUACAGUUUGAGAAAACUGACUCACAUAGAGAUUCGGAAUGUCAGAAAUUUAAUUCAGAUAGACCCAGAUGCUUUUAAGAACUUGCCACUGUUAAAAUUCCUUGGCAUUUUCAACUCUGGACUUAAAGUAUUCCCUGACCUGACCAACAUUUAUUCAGCGGAAAUGAACUUCUUACUUGAAAUUGCAGAUAACCCUUUCAUGACUUGGAUUCCCAGGAAUGCCUUCCAAGGACUGUGCAAUGAAUCUCUUUCACUGAAACUCUAUAAUAAUGGCUUUACUUGGGUUGAAGGACAUGCUUUCAAUGGCACGAAGCUGGAUGCUGUUUACCUGCACAAGAACAAAUACCUGACCAUUAUUGAUGAGGAUGCAUUUUGGGGGACCUACAGUGGACCAAACCUGCUGGACGUCUCUCAGACGGGUGUUUCAGCCUUGCCAACGAGAGGUCUGGAACGCCUGAAAGAGCUGGUUGCUAAGAACACUUGGACCCUCAAGAAGCUUCCCUUUGCCUUGAGUUUCCUUCACCUGAUGCGGGCUGAACUUUCUUAUCCGAGCCACUGCUGUGCUUUCAAGAAUAGGAAGAAAAUCAAAGGGAUGCUGGAGUCUCUCAUUUGCAACCAGAGUGACAGCUCUCAUCAGAGGAGAUCCACCCGGGGCCCCGACACCCCCUCCCUCAGGGACUCCAGCGAGGAGGACAAGGCACCCAUGGACCCAACAUCCGGUGGGGAGGGCUCCGAAUCUCCCGACAUCCAUGGCGGCUCCAAUUACUAUGUCUUCUUCGAAGAGCAGGAGGAUGAGAUGGUCCGGUUUGGUCAAGAGCUGAAGAAUCCCCAGGAGGAGACCCUCCAGGCUUUCGACAGCCAUUACGACUACAUGGUGUGUGGGGGAAAUGAAGACAUGGUGUGCACACCAGAACCUGACGAGUUCAAUCCCUGUGAAGACAUCAUGGGGUAUGAGUUCCUCAGGGUCACGGUGUGGUUCGUGAACCUGCUGGCCCUCCUGGGCAAUGCCUUCGUUCUUUUCAUCCUCCUCACGAGUCACUACAAGCUGACAGUUCCCCGCUUCCUUAUGUGCCACCUGGCCUUCGCCGACUUCUGCAUGGGUGUCUACCUGCUACUGAUUGCCUCUGUGGACCUCCACACCCGCUCAGAGUACUACAACCACGCCAUCGACUGGCAGACAGGGCCCGGCUGUAAUGCGGCGGGAUUCUUCACGGUCUUUGCCAGUGAGCUGUCGGUGUACACGCUGACAGCCAUCACGCUGGAACGCUGGUACGCCAUCACAUUCGCCAUGCGCCCAGACCGGAAGAUCCGCCGGCGGCAUGCCUCAGUCAUCAUGCUGGGUGGCUGGCUGGGCUGCUUCCUGCUGGCCCUAUUUCCAUUGGUGGGUGUCAGCAGCUACGUCAAGGUCAGCAUCUGCCUGCCCAUGGACACGGAAACCCCCCCAGCCAGAGCCUACGUUUUCUCAGUCCUGCUGCUGAACGUCGCUGCCUUCGUCAUCAUCUGCUCCUGCUACGUCAAGAUUUACGUGGCAGUCCGGAACCCCCAGUACAGCUCGGGCGACCAGGAUACCAAGAUCGCCAAGCGGAUGGCCGUGCUGAUCUUCACCGACUUCCUGUGCAUGGCACCCAUCUCGUUCUACGCCCUAGCGGCUGUGAUGAACAGGCCUCUGAUCACGGUCAGCAACUCCAAGAUCUUGCUGGUUCUCUUCUACCCGCUCAACUCGUGCGCCAACCCAUUCCUCUACGCCAUCUUCACCAAGGCUUUCCGCAGGGAUGUUUUCAUCCUGCUAAGCAGAUUUGGCCUCUGCAAGUACCAGGCUCAGCUCUACCGGGGCCAGACAGUCUCACCCAGGAACAGCAGUGGUUCCUUUGGCCAGAAGGGGACCCGGGGAGCCGGGCAGUCUCUCACCAAAGCCCAUGACCAGCACGAGCUGCGUGGGGGCUCCCGUUUGGCCCCAUCCGUGCCAGACCCCCGCCGGGGAGACUGUAAACUGACGGUGUUGUAACUCUCAGGGCGGGAGCGCGAUUCUACGAGGACCUGGUUUUCUGGCCAGGAGGCCCAACUCCAGGACCCAUUGUUUUUUUUUUGGCUGCAUGGUUCUGAGGUUUCU